AAUCAACCUCGCGUUCCUUGGUGCGCCCUUCUUACCUUCCGCUCGUGUACCUCACGUCCGCGGUCCAUCUGUGACCGCUCAAAGUAGCUUAGCUUUCGUCAGAGGAGCGUGGCUCUGCACAAAUUUCAUGGUUGGCGCCGCGCCUUGGUGAGGUAUAUAAGGGCCAAGGCAGGAUGAGAUAUCUUCAUCAAGCGCCCUUCAGCCUUCAGCUCUACCGUACUACUUCAUCUUUCCCUCCUCCACUGCUAGCACCCUAGAUAUGUUCUCGCUCUCGCUUUGGGACGACGGGCCUGAGUACAAAGCAAGGCUAGGCAAGCCGUUCGUCCCACCAAAGGCCACGCUGAAGGAGAUCCAUGACGCCGUGCCAAAAGCUCUUCUACGCCGCAACCAAUGGAAGGGCGCGCUCUACGUUUCGCGUGAUAUCGCGCUGUCGCUCCUCCUCCUUUCCAUCGCGUUGCACAUCAAGCCAUGGUCCGACAGCGACUUCGGUGGCCACAUCCACGCGCCGCUCAUGAAGCAGCUCAUCUCCGCUUCGCUCUGGCUAUUCUACUGGUGGUUCCAGGGCCUCACUUGGGCCGGUAUCUUUUGCUUGGGUCACGACGCUGGGCACGGUACCCUGUUCAAUAGCAGCAAGGUCAACAACGCCGUCGGUUUCGUCCUCCAUUCAUUCCUCUUGGCUCCCUACUUCUCCUGGCGGGCGACGCACCACGCGCACCACAAAGCGACGUCGUCCAUCGAGCGCGAUGAGAAUUACGUCCCGUACGACCGCUCAGACUACGCGCUCCCGCCACCCAGCAAGGCCACCGCGUUCGAUUACGCGGAGGUCUUCGAGGAGACGCCCCUCAUGACGCUCGGCAGGAUGCUAGUCAUGCAGAUCGGUGGCUGGUGGAUAUACUUAGCGGAGAACACGAUGGGGUCGAAGAUGUAUCCGCCGGGCACUAACCAUUUCGACCCGAGCUCGCCGCUCUUCAGGCCUGCGCAGCGUGACGGCGUAAUCUACUCGAAUCUUGGCAUCGGCGCCAUGCUCUGCGUCCUUUACUAUAUGGGCUGGAGUCGAGUCGCAUGGUACUACGUGAUUCCGUAUAUUUUGACGAACCACUGGAUCGUCAUGUUCACCUAUCUACACCACUCGGAUCCCACUAUCCCCCACUACCGCAAGGAGGAAUGGUCCUUCCUGCGUGGUGCUGCAGCUACGGUCGAUCGUCCGCUCUUAGGCUGGAUGGGGCGUUUCUUCCUGCACAACAUCAGCCAUGAUCACGUCGCUCAUCACUUCUUCAUCCAAGCGCCGUUCUGUCAGUUUAUCCAGCAGCAUGUCUACGUCCCGCUGACCACACGAUUGACAGUUAACGGGCCCGAGAUUACGAAAGCCAUCAAGUCCGUGCUGAAGGAUGAUUAUAACUACGACUCCACGCCGUCGUUCUACGCGCUCUAUCGUUCGUUCACGCAGUGUCAGUUCAUUGAGAACGAGGGCGCUAUUGUGUUCUACAAGAACCGGCAGGGCAAGGCUGCUCGGGAGGUACUGGUGGAGGAUCAUCCUGAGGAUCUGCGCGAGGAGGCGGGAAAGCUCGUGGAGAGCGCAGUCGUGCAGGAGACGAGUUGUUUCCGGACGUAUGAGUAAAGGGGGCGCGGUAAGCUGACGAUGGGCGCUGAUUCCGCUAUAGACGUUCCUUGUCAUAGAGAAGUUAGACAUGUACAAUGUAACUAUGCCUUCACUAUUCUUUAUCUUUCCUCAGUCGCAAAGAUUGUCGAAAUAUUCGACGCG